GUAAAGCUAUCGGACAAACUGCCUCCCCGUCCCGUCCACUCUGCUUUCUAUCAUCUGCCGUCUAUUGAAUACACAAACAGAGAGCGACCGUUUAGUUGCCAGAGUCGCAUUGCUGCCAAAUUUCUUCCAUAGAUUGUGGUGCUUAAGGUUCGUUGAUGUACGUAGGUCGUAGACGGCAACCUGCGAACUACGACGAUGGUGAUAGAGAGCGAUUUAAUUUUAGUGCGCAUGCCAUGAAUCAGUCUAUAAUUUCUCAGCUCAGCUCACGGACAAGCAGCAUUUUACUUGUCCGACGCUCUGUCACCGAUGACGUCACCUCAGCAGUUACAUUUUGGCCAGCCAUUUUAUCAGUAUACUCCAAACACCACCAUGAAUAGUACCGUUGUCCGAUACGAGAAUAUGGAACAACAAACAAAAAAGCGAAGUCGACGAGUGUUGUCGCUGAAGGAACGGAUAGAAGUUAUAAGAAUUGCGGAAACCCGACGUGACACAAGGGAGCUGGCAUUGAAGUUUGAUUGCGGUCGAACCCAAAUAUUGUCGAUUCUGUCGCAGAAGGAACGACUCCUCAGGGAGUGGGCCAAUAAUGGCGACCCGAAUAGACUUCGCAGACGGCCGUCUGCGAUAUCGAUUACCACUAACAAGGUGAUAUACGAGUGGCUUUAUCGUUGCAAAUGCGCCCAAUUGCCCCUCACCGAUGUUGAUAUCUUGGAGAAGGCAUACGAAGCCAAGCACCUGUUUAAGUACAGUGAAUUCAGACCGAACCGAAGAUGGUUGGACAGGUUUAAGAGAAAGUAUCGCAUCAAAAACGAGGAGUUGCUCACACCAAAUUCGAAUUUUUACGAUGGAAUUCAAAGAUCAUUGGAGUUGCGUGAUAUCUAUGAGGAAAUAAAGCAUACCAUCGAUCUGAACAAAGAUGAUGAUCUAAUUCAGCUGCCACCUUUGGAUCAAUCUGGGUCUGGGGAAUGUUUUAGCUUUGAUAGCAUGAUGAAUUAUGAUCAUACAAUGAGCAGUUCGAACAAUGAUGUUUGUGAAAUUGAUGAUAGUGAUGACGAUAAUGAUUACGGCCAAAGUCAAAACUUUUGUGAAACACAAUUUACCCGAAAUGGAAGGCAUGAAUCCAUCACCAACAACAACGAUAAUGAUAACGAUGACAAUAACAAACCAAUAACCAAUGACCAGCAGGCUUUGGCUUGUCUCAAGAAAUUGGAAGAGUACUCAAUGUUGAUGGAUAAUUAUAGAGCUAUCGGGUUAAUUGAGCAAUUGGAAAAAAUUUAUACGGGUCAAUUGGAAUCUUAGGUUUGUAAACGCAACCAUUUGAUCUCGAAGUGUUUUAGAAAACAAAGUACAAAAGAAGUGUGUGUGUUUUUUCUUUUUAAACUUAUUAGUGGACUUAAUACCUAUUUAUAUCUGUUUUAAACUUACCGCACAAUAAUUUUUCAUAAAUUUCCAAUUUUAGUGUGAAUUAUAUAUAUUUCAUAUUAUUAAUCAUAUUUAUGUUAAAAAAGUCAUAAAGUUUAUACCUAGUUCUCAAAGAUUAUAAAUCCCAAUAUAUAUAUUUUGAAAUUUAGUAUUAAUUUAUCUUAAAAU